AUGGCGCAACACUACAAAAACGAAGACAUCACCAAAGCUAGAGUCAGAGUCUUCCUGGGGUGGGACCACUUCAACCCCAAGGGCAAUGUAGCUCCAGGUCGCAUGGACCAAAAUCUUUGUGGUCGACUGUGGACCUGUCAUGACCGUAAAGCAGUCAAGCUUUCGGUUGCCUCUCCGGCCAAGCAGUUACGUGCUCCUUCACCCGAGUAUCUCGAAUCUCUCGAAUACCGUGAAGCACGCAUAGGAGAGAGCUUCGGUCCAACGUUUUCUACUCAUGUCUUUCGACUCAAUAUCACCGUUCCCGCAAGUAUGCACAAUCAGCCCAUCCAUCUGUUGUGGGAUUCCAAUUCUGAAGCAUUGGUGCUUUCUGAAAAAGGGAACCCAAUGCAGGGUCUUGUAGGCGGCGACCACUGGGCAAGGAGAGCAGAUUAUCCCCUUUUUCCGGACCGACCCCACGGUGUCGGUCACAGUGGAGAAACGAUAAUCCUGUACAUAGAGAUUUCUUGUAAUGGAUUAUUUGGGGCGGGUCGCGGCGGUGAUAUCGAACCCCCUCAAAGAGAUAGGUGUUUUGAGCUUGAAGAAUGCUGUCUUGCCAUAUUUGACUCUUCGGCUUGGGAUCUAAUUCAUGAUGUAACUCUACUUUCUGGCCUCGCUGAGCACCUUCCUGAAGGUCCGCGGAGGGCACGGGCGCUUCAGACUGCGAAUGAAGUUGUCAACGCUGUUGAAGUAGGAACGAAAUCCACGUACGAAAGUGGGCGAAGAAUUGCCGCGAAGUUCCUAGACUGUCGAAACGGCUCCUCUCAGAGCCGAGUUUAUUCCAUGCUCCAUUCCCAUAUCGAUCUAGCGUGGUUAUGGCCAAUGGCUUCGACGCCAUCAAAGGGAGUCCGAACUUUCGCAACUCAGCUGCGACUGUUGGAGCGUUUUCCGGAUAGUAUCUUUGUGCAAUCACAGGCCCAACUCUACGAUUGGGUGAAGUCAUCGUACCCUUCCCUCUGGGAAGAAGUUUGCAAGAGAGUCCGUGAGGGAAGGUUUGUCCCCGUAGGAGGAUCCUGGGUUGAGAUGGAUUGUAACAUUCCAUCUGGUGAAUCUCUGAUUCGGCAAUUUGUUGUUGGACAAGCAUUCUUUCAGAGAAACUUUGGACUCCGUUGUAAGGAAUUCUGGUUACCUGAUACGUUUGGAUAUUGUGGACAGCUACCACAGAUCAUGCGCGGAUGUGGUAUUGACUACUUUCUGACUCAAAAACUAAGUUGGAAUCUGUUUAAUAAGUUUCCACAUUCAACGUUCGUAUGGGAAGGAUUGGACGGAUCCCAAGUGUUAGCCCAUAUGCCACCAGCUGAUACCUACAACGCACAGGCCUUUCCAGAGGAGGUUAUGCGAACAGCAAACAAAAACAAGGAUGCAGCUGUGCACAACAGUGCAAUCAUGCUUGUUGGUCAUGGGGACGGCGGGGGUGGUGCAUCUCCCGCUAUGUUGGAAUCGAUGAAGCGUAUGCAUGAUCUAGAUGGAGUACCAAAAGUUGAAUUCUCUACUCCAGAGAAGUUCUUUGAGGGCGUUAAAUCUAAACAGCACGAUUUGCCAAGGUGGGUUGGAGAAUUAUACUUUGAACUCCAUAGAGGCACCUACACAAAUCAGGCCCGCACAAAGCAAAGCAAUCGGCAGUGUGAGAAUGCAUUGCGAGACUUAGAGCUCGUCGGAACCAUUGCUGUUCUUGCAAGUCGACGAACUGGAAAAGAAUUUUCGUAUCCAGCUUCUACUCUUGCAGAAUGCUGGAAGUUGGUACUUAAAAACUGCUUCCAUGAUACGCUUCCUGGGUCAUGCAUUGGCGAAGUCUAUGAAGAGACGACACGAGAUUACGCUUUGGUUACCGGAGAAUGUACUCUAGAGAUUGAAAAGGCGGUGACGUCAAUUUCUGAAGCAUUCACAGCCACUUAUUCCAACGGCGAUUCACGAGCGGCGAAGCGCUUGAAGACGCAAGCUACUGAGAGAGAAUCACUGAGUCAUGACCAACACAGCUUUAAUACAGUUCUUCUCCAUCGGGGCGCCGCUUGCAAGCCACAAAAUGAUUUGCCCGUAGUAUUUGAGGCGAAGCAAUCUCCAGAUUUCUUCUUCAGCUCAGGUGUUGGUGUCCAAACGACACGAAUGAGUGCUGUCACGUGCUAUCCCGAAAACGCAAGCACAACGAAUAAGAAGCCACUAGUUCGCUCUAUCGUCGCAAGCAUUGAACCAGCAACAGUUGCUUGUCAAGAAGAAAAUGGCCAAAUGAGGUAUGUUCUUGCAAACCGAUUUGUCAAAGCCACCAUUAGUGCUACAGGGCAUAUGAGUAGUUUAAUCCUUCUGGACGAAUCCGGCCGUCAUCGUGAAGCCUUAGUACAGACCGCUGGCAAGGCAAAGUCAGAGAUCGAUGGGGGAAACAGACUAGUGCUUUAUGACGACGUGAGCCAAUUUUGGUGCGCAUGGGACACGGAAGUGUACUCAUUUGAGAAGAAAUCUGUGAUAGGAAAUGCGGUAGGGUGCGAGGUAGUCGAUGAGGGUCCUUUACGGGUAAGCCUACAUUUCACAUAUCCUUCCACGGAGGCAGGAACAACAGUACGGCAGCUCGUUUCUUUGCGGGCAGAAAGCACACGUGUAGACUUCCGAACAGAUGUUGAUUGGAAAGAAAGCCGCAAGAUUCUUCGAGUCCUGUUCAACACGCGGGUGAAAGCGCCCUUUGCAAGCUACAAUAGUCAGUUUGGUUUCGUGCGACGUCCUACCACGUUCAACCAUUCGUGGGAGAUUGCCAAAUUUGAAGCCGUGGGACAUCAGUACUGCGACCUGAGUGAGCAUCAAUUUGGUAUUGCACUUCUAAACGAUUGCAAGUAUGGAUAUUCUGUUAGGGAUAAUACCAUGCGGCUUUCGCUUCUUCGGGCUUCGAAGUCUCCGGAUGACAGUGCCGAUAUGGGGAUGCACCGCAUGACGUAUUCAAUUCUGCCUCAUUGGGAAUCGUUUCCUACUCGUACAGUGUUAGACGAAGCUGCGGAUCUGAACUGGCCUCCCCUGCUUAAUCAAGUAAGGCAUGCCUGCGCUGGCGCACGGCUCUACAAUUUUAUAAUUAGCGCCAUCAAACAAGCUGAGCAAGCAGAACAGCAAACGAACAACGUUGUGGUGAGAAUGUAUGAGGCCAUGGGAGCACGUGGUCUGGCACAGCUCUCUUGUCCCUCAGGUUUGACAGUCUCUACAGUUCAAGAGUGCAACAUGCUGGAGGAUACUGUUAGUAUGUCUACAGGCACUCUCUCAGUCGCCGAGUCAACACAAGGGUCAUGUGUAAUUGGCGUCCCUUUCACACCUUUCCAAAUCCGUACAAUAAUGCUCACGCUUGCGGUGAGGGAGUAG